GCGCCAUUCGGGUACCGGCGGCCAUGGCGACGGUGGCGGAGCUCAAAGCAGUUCUAAAGGACACACUGGAAAAAAGAGGAGCUCUUGCCCAAAUCAAAGCGAGGAUCAGAGCUGAGGUGUUCAAUGCCCUGGAUGACCAGAGCGAGCCGCGGCCCACGCUGUCCCGGGAGAACCUGCUGAUCAAUGAGCUCAUUCGGGAAUACCUGGAGUACAACAAGUAUAAAUACUCAGCAUCUGUUCUGAUGGCAGAAUCCGGCCAGCCUGAAGUGCCCUUGGAUAGACAGUUUCUUACCAAAGAGCUGAAUAUAGUUGAAGAUGCAAGCGGAAAAUCAGUCAGACCUCUCCUGUAUGGAAUUCUCUCUCAUUUCUUACAUGCUGGUAAAGAAGAAAGUACCCAGAAUAUCCUUCCAAAAGCAUCCUUGCUGAAUUAUCCAAAGCAGAACCUUGGCAAACCACUUGCUGAGAGAAAUCAAAAAGACAGAAUUCCAGAACCAGGAAGGAUGGCUGGCACGAGCAUCGAAGAGCCUCUUAUUUUACAAAGUAUAAAGAGAUGAUAUCUUUCAUUUUCUAAUUUCUCAUUUCAAGGUCUGUCAGAUUUAAUUUAGGACAUUCUUCAUUUAAUACAUUUCUCCAAUAAAUCCAGUGGGACCAUUUUAGCUUGUACCAUCUACUCAUGAGACAGGAUGACAAGGUCAUGCUUACUGUCAAUUUAAAAAUGUUAGCAAAGCUCUCUUUCCCCAGUGCUGAUAGAAGGAAGACUGUAUAGGAACUCACAUUAGUGAAUCCUGUGUCCAGAAUUGCACCUGAAUAUACUGAGUUUAUCCAAUAAAUUUUUAUAUAAUAACUUAUAAUUCUUACAUUUAUAUCUUUGUGUGUUUUUCCUGUGUUUCUGAAUAAAAUUUUUCAGUUUUA